GACGUUUCGGCGGGUCUUCCACCGGAAGUACUCACAUUUCCGACGCCUUUAAACGAGGCAUGGUAAUAAACAGACAUACAAACUGGCGGUGGUAGUAUAGUGCAAACUUAGCUACCGUCUCCACUGACAGUUGUAGGACGUUUUUCCACAUCUUAUUCAUGCCACCAUGGUGUCCUACAAGCUGCUGAACCCAGAAGAUGUGCAGUUAUCUGAGGGCAAUCGCCUUGUCGAAGAGCAGGAGACAGACAGAACCUUUCUGCUUCCACAACGGUUGCCAUGUUCCAUCACCACAAGCCUCAUAGUCACCGGCUGCCUGCUGCUGCUCCUCUGUGGCGGCUGGCUAGUCGGCACCAUGUUCUGGCUUCAUAGCCCCUCUGCCCUUUUGCCGCACAAACCGCCAUCACCAUCCAAGGUGCACAAAACAGACUCCAGAGUGAAUGACACUCACCUCCGUGAGACUUGUGGCCGAAUCCCAGAGGUGUGGAGGUUUGACUGUUACCCGGAAAAGGGAGCAGUUGUUACAAGAGAGAUGUGUGAAGCGAGGAAUUGCUGCUUUAUUCCUUCUUCCCCUUCUGACGGUAUCCCCUGGUGUUAUUAUCCAUUGGAAUUCCCAUCCUACACGCUCAGAUUAGUAAAUGACACCGACUUGGGGCAGAAAGGUACGCUUGUGAAAGAGGUGAAGACUUAUUACCCGGCGGACAUUAUGACUCUGGAGUUGGAGAGCAGAUACGAGUCGGACACACGACUGCGUGUCAGGAUCACAGACCCUUCAAGUUCACGCUAUGAAGUCCCCAUCUCUGUUCCCAUCGUCACCAAGAAGGCAGAAAGCCCCGUUUACACCGUGGAGCUCUCAAAAGAGCCGUUCGGCCUCAUCGUGAGGAGGAGCGCUACCGGUACCGUGCUCCUGAACACCACUGUGGCUCCUCUCCUCUACGCCGAUCAGUUUCUGCAGUUCUCCACCGCUCUGCCCAGUAACUUCAUCUACGGGCUCGGGGAACAUCGCUCAUCCUUCCUGCAUGACAUCCAGUGGAAUACACUUACGAUGUGGGCCAGAGAUGUGCCGCCCAUGGAAAAAACAAACCUGUAUGGAGCCCAUCCCUUUUACCUGGUAAUGGAGAAGGAUGGAAAUGCACAUGGCUUCUUCCUUCUGAACAGCAAUGCAAUGGAUGUCAUUCUCCAACCUGCUCCGGCCAUCACCUGGCGUACAAUUGGCGGUAUCCUCGACUUUUAUGUCUUUCUGGGUCCUGAUCCUGGAUCUGUGGUUGAACAAUAUCUGGAUGUCAUAGGUCGUCCAGCUAUGCCGAUCUACUGGGCACUGGGCUACCAUCUGUGUCGCUGGGGUUUUAACUCAAGCGAAUCCACCUGGGAGGUGGUCAAGCGUAUGAGGAAUUAUGGGGUACCUCAGGACGUCAUGUGGAACGACAUUGACUACAUGGACAGGAUUCUGGACUUCACUUUCGACCCGGUUAACUUUGCAACGUUGCCAGACAUGGUGAAAGACCUGCACGCACAUGGCCAACACUAUGUGAUGAUUAUGGAUGCUGGUAUCAGCAGCAUUCAGCCUGAAGGAUCCUACUUGCCCUACGAUGAAGGACUCAAGAAAGGCGUCUUUAUUAAAGACACUGAGGGAAAGACACUGAUUGGCAAGGUGUGGCCGGGUCUGACGGCAUAUCCUGAUUUUUCUGAUAAUGUGACCCAUGAAUGGUGGUACGAAAACCUAAAGAAGUUCCAUGAGCAAGUGCCUUUUGAUGGACUAUGGAUCGACAUGAACGAGCCAUCAAAUUUCUUAGAUGGUUCCACCAAUGGCUGCCCGUCGAACAAUCUGGACAAUCCUCCGUACACACCAGGUGUGCUGGGAGGUUUAUUGAGAGCUAAAACUAUAUGUGCAUCAGCGGUGCAGAAGCAGUCAAUUCACUACAACCUCCACAGCCUGUAUGGACUCAUGGAAGGAAAGGCCUCUGCAAGUGCCUUGAGGAGGAUCUUAGCCAAGAGACCCUUUGUAAUCUCUCGCUCCACCUUCCCUAGCCAGGGCAUGUACACUGGUCAUUGGUUGGGAGACAACAGGAGCCAGUGGAAGGACUUGUCCUCCUCCAUAUCAGGUAUAUUGACCUUUAACCUCCUGGGCAUCCCAUUGGUCGGAGCCGACAUCUGUGGCUUCAGUGAAGAGCCUCAGGAGGAGCUGUGCAUCCGUUGGACACAGUUGGGCGUUUUCUAUCCCUUUUCUCGCAACCACAACGCAAUUCACGUGAAGUCGCAGGACCCAACAGCAUUCAGUCCACUGGCUCGCACCGCCAUGAAGCAGGCCCUGCUGUUGCGCUAUUCUCUCUUCCCGCUCCUCUACACUCUGUUUCAUCACGCACAUGUACAAGGACACACUGUUGCACGGCCACUGAUGUUUGAAUUCCCAAAGGAUAUAAAAACCUACGGGAUCGAAAAACAGUUUCUGUGGGGGAGGAAUUUGCUGGUCACGCCAGUGUUAGAACCUGGUGUACACUUUGUGGAGGGAUACUUCCCUGAGGGUCUGUGGUAUGACUACUAUACGGUAAGACACACUGCCUCUAAACCGAUCUGGAAAGAAUUCUCAUAUGUACUUCUUUCCCAGGGCGACUCUAUAAACAGCACGGGUGAAGAACUGAGACUCUCUGCUCCUCUCGACAAAAUCAACCUACAUUUGAGGGAAGGAUCUGUCGUUCCAAUGCAGACGCCCAACCUGACCUUGUCAGUAAGCAGCGGCCAGCCUCUUCAUUUGGUGACUGCACUCUCCGACAAUGGCACCGCCUGUGGCGAUCUGUUCUGGGAUGACGGCGAUAGCCUUGACACUUUUGAGACUGACCAGUAUGCUUACAUCGUCUUCAGUGUGGCGCAGCAAACGAUGACCUCACAAGUGCUUCACAACCACCUAGAGGCCACUUACAUCACAGUGGAGUCGGCGUCCUUCUACGGCGUGAAGCAGAUGCCGAGCAGGGUGCUGGUCAAUGCCCGAGACGCAGCCUUCACCUACAGAAGCAACCAGGUUCUAACGGUGGCAGAUCUCAGCCUGAAACUCAGUCAGAACUUCACAAUCAGCUGGUUGUGAUCACUGCAGUGCUGUUGGUCAAGAGUCAGUACAAGUAAGCCUAAUGGAUUUGAACUGUCACUCUUAGCAACAAAAACAUCCCAAAACAAGAUCAUAUUUGAAGUCCUUUUAGUGGCUGUAAGAAUGGCUUCUCUGUCUGUCUGGAGGUUCUCAGGAAUGAUUGAAAAAGAGACACCCUAUUUCCUUCACUAAGGACAUUGUUUUUGUGUGAGUGCUUUGCUUAUUUUGGAUGAAGAGGAGGAUAUUGGUCACAUAUUGUGAUAGUCUUGUAAUCAAGGUCAGAAGUUGCGAUGUCAACCACAGAUCAUAGGUUAUAUAUUUAAAGCCUUGUUAGAAUUCCGGCUUGCACAAGUUUCCACACGGAUUGAGCCAAACCAUAUAUUCCAGAAGGUUCUUGCCUACAUAAAAAUGAAUUGUGCAUUGUGCAAUAAGAAGGAGACCGAUGAGAAUGUGAUGAGUAAUGCUGCUACUAUUGCACUGACUUCUCAAAUGGACACUGGUAUCUUGUGAUUUUUCCUUUGCAUUUUCUUGUACAGGUAUUUAAAUUUAAUUAUGUUUUGUUUCUUGCUUGUCUGGUGUCCAGCAGCGGCUCUCUAUCUGCAAUAAAUUUUGUUUGUUUUUAUAAAA